AUGUCCUCCAUGUUCCCCCCAGCCACCACAGACAGCGAUGAAGAGGACAAUUCUGACUCCAGCACCAAACCCAUCAGGUCAGAGAAGAAGAAAAACCCGGCAUCCCUCUUCCAGACUGGGGGGAACCCCCCCAAGGAGAAGAAAACCAAAAAGAAAGCUCUUCCCAAAGUGGCCGAGAGUGAGGAGGAGACCCCAGAGACUCCGCAGAAAAACUCCAACAAGAAGGGGAAAGGGAAGAAAUCAAAGAAGCUGAAGGAGGAGAGGCCCCCAUCGCCCAUCAUUGAGGUGGACAACCUGGAGGAGUUUGUGCUGCGGCCAGCGCCACAGGGGGUGACCAUCAAGUGCCGAGUGACGCGGGACAAGAAGGGGAUGGACCGGGGGCUUUACCCCACCUAUUACCUCCACUUGGAUAAUGACAAGAAGGUGUUCCUGCUUGCCGGGAGGAAGCGCAAGAAGAGCAAGACCUCCAACUAUCUCAUCUCCAUCGACCCCACCGACCUGUCGCGGGGCGGGGAGAACUUCAUUGGGAAGCUGAG